CUCUUCUCUUAUCUACUUGUAGUACGCGUUCUUUCCCCUCCACCGCGGCCAGAGACAGAGGAGGAGCAUCGAUCCAUGGCGCGCUUCUUCGGCCGCCUGUGGGACAGAGCUCAAGGCAAGCUGGAUGUUGUGAGGAUAUGUGAGAAGGUGUUCGACGAACUGGCCGUCCUCAACGCCGAGAAGAACGCCAAGCUCCUGGACGUCAAAAAUCUCCACGUCGCCACCCUCAUGGUUUACAACUCCAUCAACAAGCAGCUGGUGGGGCCUCACAAGGACCCUCCAUGCAUGCAGGUCGUCAAGGAGAAAGCGGAGGGCUUCCGCGACAAGGGGAUAACGCAGCAGGAGUUCCGGGAGCUGAUCAUGGAGUGGGUGAGGAUGGACCUCCGCCUCGUCCUCGCCAACAAGGCCGCGGUGGCCGUCCUGGCGGCGCCGCUGCUCGCCGUCACGGCCAAGAACGCCGGCAGGCAGGUGCCGAGGAUGAGGGACGCGGUUGACAAGGUGCCCACGCCGCUGCUCUUCGUCGUCUUCUCCGCCGGGCUCAUGCUCCUGCAGGACAUCCGGGCAGGCAAGCAGUGAACACCUUAAUUGGUCGCCGCUUUGCUUUUCUGAUGUAAAGACAGGCAAUGCGUGAUGUGCUUAAGAUGUUCACCUUUGUUGGAAAUGUGUAUCAUCGCAGGCACCUCGGUGUGAAAAUUUGUAGCCAAACAAAGUGGUAAAGGGCUGUACGUAUUGGCAUUCGAUCUUAAUAUGGUUAUUAUUUCUCGGCGGCUCCAC